UCUGCUGUUCUUCUACGGUAUAUUCGUUGGUCUCUAGCGGGAAUUCUCAGCCCCGAGGAUUGUGUUCAGUCCCGUAGCGACGUGUGUUACUACGAUGUAUAGAUAAUACCCGCGGUUACAGAUUCUGUAUAUCCCAGGGUGUUCUCAAAUUAUUCGUGGGAUUUCUCCAAACGGCAUCCACCGUCUCGUAGUCUCGUGAUGAUUGGAUCAACUGAGGGUUUCUUGACCAGCGCUUUCUCAAGCUCUUCCACGUACUCUGCGUAUACCUUGCAAUCUGUGGCCUAACGAUGUCAGGAAGAGCAUAUGGAGGAAAUUCGUAUGUACGAGCGCCGGCAGCUCAAGUUACAUUGAGUAGCUUGGGGACGCUCGUAUCGUCCUUAAAGCAACAACAAGAGGUGCAGUCAACUGAAAUCGAACGCAUCAAGAGUCGUAUUCAGAGCCUGGAGAAGGAGAAUGAAGACCUACGUGCGGAGAAUAGCGAUCUGUGGAACGAAAUCAACAAGAUAAAGGGCCCAAGAUUUCCUUCCGAGUUGUGCGAUAGAAUCAUCGACUUCUUGCACCAUGAUCAUAAAGCUCUCAAAUCAUGCAGUCUAGUCUGCAGAGCCUGGAUUCCUGCGACUAGAUUCCAUCUUUUUGAAUGCUUCAGUUAUGAAGUACUAUGGAGGUCAUAUAGAAACAAGGUUACAGUGCUCGACAGCUCUGUUUGUACACUAUUCAAACAUGUGCGCAAAAUCACUGUCAAUGAGCAGGGUGGUAUUGGAAGUUCGAAGGGAAUUCCGCUGGAUUGGUUGCAGCCUCUCGCUCAGUACUUCAACCGCUUCACGAACGUAAUAGAUCUUUCUCUUCUAUCCAUUAACACCACCUCGAUACGCUACAUUAUCGACUCACCUGGUUUCACUUCUCAUAUCACACAGCUGAUGCUCCACAACAUUAUCUGUUCUACCUUCAAUGACCUCCCCUAUAUCCUAUCGUACUUCUCCAAACUCGAAAGUCUUUCCUACGAUGUCCAUUGCUGUGACAUAUCCAACCUUUGUUUUUGCAGGCAGGGGGAUAUGACAGAUAUGCAUGCAGAGACUUUGGCUCCUGAUAGCUCCCCACCUCCACCCCCAGCGACGCUGCGGGUCAUCUGGAAUGAUAACACCGUUAGUAGCUGUUACUCAGAUGCGAGGAGUGCCUUGUACAGUUGACUCCAUG